CUGAGAUACUGCUCACGGGGCUGUUAUUCAGAAACUGGCACUCUCUCUUUCUUAUCUACAUAUAGAGUGACGUGUAAUCUCUGUCGAAUGGGUUUUUGCAAGGAAUUUAGUGCAAGUGAAGCACUUGAGACUGAUGCUGCAAUCAGCUGGAAUGGAAUGAAUUAGAAGGGGAAGAAGAAAUCUCAUCUGGCAUGGUGGAUCUGCUGGACAAUUUUAGUUCAGAGCCCAGGUUGACUUCACAGAGUCUGCCAGAUCCGCAUCUUGAGUACUACAGUCUCCUGCAUUGCACCAUGACCUUGGAUAUACAGACCAUUGUUGUAUUUGCCAUUAUCGUAGUGUUGGUGCUGGUGAAUGUGAUUUUAAUGUUCCUGCUCGGCACACGUUAAUGGAUGACUCUUGAGGUAUUGAGUGACACAGCGCUUCAGAGGGACAGCUACAGUAUGGCCCUGCAGUGAUAUGAAUGACGUUGCUGAUCAGUGGCGGUUACAUUGUCAGUGCUGAGGCAGUAUGGGAUCACGUCACAAUGGCCGACCGUGAGUUGGCAUUCAAAGCGGGGGACGUUAUUAAAGUCCUCGAUGCCUCUAAUAAGGAUUGGUGGUGGGGACAGAUCGAUGAUGAAGAAGGUUGGUUUCCGGCCAGUUUUGUGAGGCUUUGGGUGAACCAGGAAGACACUGUAGAUGAAGCCAGUAGUGAGAUUCAAAAUGGGCAUCUGGACCCAAACUCUGACUGCCUGUGCCUUGGCAGGAGUGUUCAGAACAGAGACCAGAUGAGGGCAAAUGUCAUCAAUGAAAUUAUGAGCACAGAACGACACUACAUCAAACAUCUGAAGGACAUCUGUGAGGGGUACCUUAGGCAAUGCAAGAAACGCAGGGACAUGUUCAGUGAUGAACAGCUGAAAGUCAUAUUUGGAAAUAUCGAAGACAUUUAUAGAUUUCAAAUGAGCUUCGUCAGAGACCUGGAGAAGCAGUACAACAAGGAAGAUCCUCAUCUGAGUGAAAUUGGGCCCUGCUUCUUGGAGCAUCAAGAUGGAUUUUGGAUUUAUUCUGAGUACUGUAAUAAUCACCUAGACGCAUGCAUGGAACUUUCCAAGCUGAUGAAGGAUGGCAGGUAUCAGCAUUUUUUUGAGGCCUGUCGACUCCUUCAGCAAAUGAUUGACAUUGCCAUCGACGGCUUUCUCCUCACUCCUGUGCAGAAGAUCUGCAAAUACCCACUACAGCUUGCAGAAUUACUCAAGUAUACAGCAUUGGAACAUAGUGAUUAUAGGUAUGUAGCUGCAGCUUUAGCAGUCAUGAGGAAUGUGACUCAACAAAUCAAUGAACGCAAAAGAAGACUGGAAAAUAUUGACAAGAUGGCUCAAUGGCAAGCUUCAGUCCUUGACUGGGAGGGUGAUGAUGUUCUGGACAGGAGCUCUGAGUUGAUCUAUUCUGGGGAAAUGACAUGGAUUUACCAGCCUUAUGGACGGAACCAGCAGAGGACAUUCUUCCUAUUUGACCAUCAAUUGGUGAUGUGUAAAAAGGAUUUAAUACGACGGGACAUACUUUACUACAAAUGCAGAAUUGAUAUGGACAAAUAUGAAAUAAAUGACAUUAUUGAUGGGAGAGAUGACGAAUUUAAUGUUAAUGCCAAGAAUGCCUUCAAACUUAAGAACAAGGAAACAGAGGAAGUGCACUUAUUCUGUGUAAAGAAGCCAGAGGAGAAGCAAAGAUGGUUGCGAGCACUUCACGAAGAGAGGAAAAUGGUUCAAGAAGAUGAAAAGAUAGGGUUUGAAAUCUCGGAGUAUCAGAAGAGACAAGCUGCAAUGACUGUAAGGAAAGUCAGCAAACAAAAAGGAGUGAGCUACACAAGGUCAUUACCUCCUUCAUACCCAGCACCCCCGGAUCCUGUCCAUCAGAGAAACUUCAUGCUCACUGAUGGCAUCCCUCAGGGGUCAAUGUAUGAACUAACGGAGCCCAAACGCAGCCAGUCUCCAUUCUGGCAGAACUUCAGUAGGUUAGCGCCAUUUAAAAAGUAA